GAGACCGGCAAGUAUAAAAGGCGUAGUUACAGUUUCGCUAUUUGGAUGUGUUUGUGUUGACCUAAGUUUCUGUCCUUUUCUUGAAUAAAAUACCUAAUUUCUUUGUAUCAACUAGUAUUUAAGCACUGUUUUCAACCUCUCUUCGAAUAUCAUCAGUUUAAAUUUUUAUUGUAAUUCGUUCAGCUCUCUUCACAAACUUCUGAUUUUUCAAAUGAAUCGUCCAAAUUGGUUUUAUAUACUAUAUUUAACUGUUAUUCAAUUUACCAUCUAUGGGGUUUGUGAAGAGCUAUCUGUUAGUCCUAUUGCUCAAGCGCUGCGUGUUCAUGAGUCUGGAAUUUUUGAAUGUUCUUUCGAAAACUCAUCCUAUAAUUCAGACUUAAGGUGGAUAUUGUUUGAUGGAACAGUUCUAUUAAAUGGUAACACAUCAGAAGAUGGUCGAUUUAUUAAUGAAGAUGGUAUCCUAAAAAUGACUAAUCUUACUAUACCUGAUUCUGGUGAAUAUAACUGUGUAAAUGUUGAAGUUAAUACCACUGUUACUGCUCAUCUUAAAGUGUAUAUUAUGCCAUCUUAUUUAUUGGAAGGAUCCAUUGUUCUUGCUAUCAAUGGUGUUCUCUUCAUUUUAUUCAUUUAUUCAAUGAUAAAAACAUAUCGAGAACAAAAUAUUAAAGAUCGUAUGCAUGCUUUCUAAUGGUUGAUUGUUUAAUUGAUGAGAAAGAUUUCUCUCUCUGAUCUUGUUGUUUUUUUUACAUCAACUGCCAUUCCUUAUCGAUUAUUGUUUUUUUUUUGCGUGAAUUUUCUAAAUAAUAUAAUUACAUGUGUUAUACUAUGCUUUAUAAUUUAAACAUGCAGUUUAAUGCAUUCAAUUGUAUCUGAUAUUCAUCUCUUAGCUAUGUUAUAAACUGUCUUUUCAAGAAAAUAGCAAUUUAUCGAUUUUUUUGCAGUUAUGAAACACAUUGUUUUGUUUUUCGCGAUCUGAAAUCACCCUAUUUUUCUUUAACUCUUAACAAGGCAAAUCUGUGAAUAUGUUGUUGUUAAUGUUGAUUUUUUGGAUAGUUUUAAAAUUUAUAUUAACUUUAUACCUAGUAUCUAAAAAUUCUGUUUUGAAUUAAAGAAGAAGUUUGAUUUGUUUCAUCUUGUCUUAUUUUUAUUUGACGUAAACAAGAUUCAAUAAAUUAAUUUAACAUUGA